AUGCGCCCCCAAGACACCCUCGGCUCCGGCUCGACUUCGCCGACCUCCCACUGGGAGCUCCUCCACGGGGCGCUCUCCGCGUCCGGCGCCGCCAGCGUCACGCGCACGGCCGCCGCCUCAAGCACGGCCCCACCGUCCCCGCCCCUCCGCGGGGUCGAGGGCGCGACCUGGAUCAUAUGCGUGCUAAGAAGUGGCGUCGAAUUAGCUGCUGAUCGUGGUCACAAGAAGGCUCUUAUGGAGUGUGGUCUUAAACUAUGCGCGCUGAGCGGAAUAGGAGACGAAAGUGAGACAAAAUCAUCCUCCGAAACCCUACCCCCAAUCCCCACAGGCCACAGCUGCCGCCUCUGCUCGUAUCUCCUCCCAAGAUCACGUCCCCAGUCCCCUCCUCUCUCCCGCUCGAGCUUCCAUGGCGCCGCCGGUGCUGUCCCGCUCGCCCCUCUUCUCUCCCGCUCGAGGCCCCUCGCCUCCGCCCCGUGGAUUGAGCUUGUCCCUGGACGGAUUCGGGAGGAGGUGGGCUCGAAGGGGCGGAGAAGGUGGUCCUGGCCAGGAGCGUGUCCCAGCGGAGAGAGGCAGCGAGAGGAGGGCAGGGAUAGGGCGGACAAAGAUCCUCUGUGUGGCGGUAAUGGGAGGGCAGGGACGGGGCGGACCGAGCUCCUCUGUGGCGCUGAGCUCCUCCGGCGGCAUGGCAGCUCUGACAUCUUCAUCGUCCCUCAAAGAACUCCACAAACAGACAAGGAGGAUUGGGACGGGAUGGAGGAGAAAGCAUGUGUCCUCAGCCACGAAGAUGGGGAGGAUGCAAAGACGGCUUCUUCAUCUAGGACCUGCAGGUCGGUGGUUUGCUGGGUAACAGAGGCUGACGUGAGCUGCCAAUGGCGGAGGUUCAAGAGGAGCGCGCCGUCGCAGCCUCCAGGAGUAGCCUCAGUCGAUGCCGUCACCAUCCCCAUAGUUCUCUGCUACAUAGAUACUUCAUGACCUACUCAUCCUCUCGGUGUCACCAAGGAUGCCAGCCAGUAGUGCAACAAUCUCUUCUUCGAAGAAGACCAUUAGGUUCUCUCUCUCUUGAAGUAUCUUGUGUGGAGUCCCUGCUCAACGCUAGUGUGCUCUAGAGCUCUCCGCCACGACCGACAAAGUGGGAGACCUGCAGCCCUGCAUACUGGCUACCACAUCCUCCCAUCAGCACUUAGGUACGCCCCUUUCUUUUCACGCGCUAAUUGCUCAAUGAAGGUGUCUGGUGGCUUAUUGAGUUCGUGUGGUUGUGUUAUAUGGCUGGAAGUGGCCUAUUGGAUUUGGUGCUGUGAGAAAUGCGA